UAACGGAGCGCCGACCAUCGCUCCGACCAUAGCAUAGCACCAUAGCAUCGAUCACAAAAAAAAACAUUCAGUGCUUUUAAAUGUUAGCGGUCAUAUUGGCGCCUCGACCCCCGCUCCGCUCAUAGGUCUGAGCCAGGCCCUGGUACCAUGGAAUUGAGCUUAGUAUUUUUUCGACCGUCGACCAUCGCUCACGCAAUGGUAGAUAAAGAAAAAUUAAUCGGGCUUGUAUUUGUCCGAGAGGCUAUAUGGAACAAAAAAAAUAAAUAUCAUCACAAUUGCGUAAUUUUAAAUAAAUUGUGGAAGGAAGUUGCAGAGGGGUGUGGUGUACCAGCGACAUCCGCAAAAGCUCAGUGGAAAAGGCUUCGACAAACGUUCAUAAAAAAGCUAUCAGAGCAACCCGUUAAAAGGUCUGGUGAUGGAGUGGAGGACGACACUGAAACGUCUGAUUGGCCAUUUUUCAAGUCCUUAUUAUUUUUAAAAGAUUCUUGUGCGCCUAGGAAAACGGAAGGCAAUUUUAGUAACGAAGAAGAUCAAAGUGGAGAGGAUACUGGCGAUGAAAGUUCAUCCCAAGCUCCAUCGUCCGUCACCGAGUCAGUUCCUUUAUCUACACCAGCGUCGCCAAGAAGUUCGCCAACACCAGUAACGAAAAAAGUUAAAACCCAAAGGUCUAGCAAAAAGGACCACAUUGGUGAAGCCUUAAUUAUAGCCGAACGAGAGAAAAUUGAAUAUCUAAAAAGGAGAGAAGAGAAUAGAAAAAGUAAAGAGGCAAUGAUUGAAUUAAAUUCAGUAAGAAAAGAGCUAGAUGAGGACGAAUCUUUUUUUAAAAGCAUUUUGCCACACGUACGACUGUUUUCUCCAAAAAGAAAAAUGCAAUUUCGUAUUAAAGUACUUCAACUAGUACAUGAUUCAAUUGAAGCAAAUCCACCUAGGGACGAACCGCACAUAACAGAACUAGUUCCACAAAAUCAACCUUCAUCAUCAAAUCCAAAGCACUCCUCGUUAAGACCGCGCGAUGGCGGCGGCAUCGUAGUGCUGCUGGGCGGUGGAGGCUUGAGGGCUCCGCGGGACGGAGGUUGGCUCGGCGUGGCAUCUGGACGGCGCGGCAGAACGCCGUGGCGAUGGGAACUGGAUUGCCUCGGAUGGGCAGUGGAGAAAGCAGAGUCGCGGCCACCAGCCUCAGUGGCCGCUUUAAAUGUAAGGUAG